AUGUCAGAAAUGCGAGUGUCUGAUCCGAGCAAGCUUCACCUGAAGAAGGAGCUCACCCAAAUUCGUAAGGCUGCUCGUGUAUUGAGGGAUCCUGGCACAACAUCUUCAUGGAAGUCACCACUUAGUUCCUCAAGAUCUGUCGCUGCUGCUGCUUGGAAGGACAGUACUGCCACUCGGAGUAGAAGGUUCUCUCCCAAUGCUCAACACAACAGCAACGACAAAGAUAAAGAUAAAGAUAAAGAGAAAGAGAAGAAGGUGUUCUUGUAUAACUGGAAGAAUUACAAAUCGUCGAGCGAGAAGAGUGUAGUGGCCAAAUACAAUGAGGAAGAAGAAGAAGAAGAUGAUGGUGGUGGAUCUUCGUCCCUUCUUGGAAGUUUUGAGGACAGCUUGAGUGAUGCUCGCAAUGGUUGUGGUUCAAAGAGUGAUACUUACUUGGGUGGUGGAACUCGUUCUUCUAUUUUCGGAUGUGGAGAUGCAAAUCUUGUUUCCCCAGCAGCUAGAAGAACAGCGACCGUCAAGAAAAAGAGUAAGACAACCAACGCCCAUUUUGAUAUUUUAACAAAACAUCAGCAUCAGCAUCAGCAGCAGCAGCAGCAGCAUAGAUUUGUAAAGUCCAAGGCAUUGCAUCCUUCUAUGGCUUUUAGCAGGGAUGUCUCGGUUGAAUACUCUGAUGAUACUGAAGAUUACUCUAACUAUGAGGAUGCAAAACGAGUUUUAGGGACAUCUCCUUUGCUUCUGAAACUCAAGCAGAGGAAUUGGUCUCGCUCUUCCUCCAAGUUUUUGAAAAGAAGCCAAAAGGAAGACUCUUCCUACUCUUAUAGUACCCCUGCAUUGUCAACCAGUUCUUACAAUAUAUACGGUCCCCGUUAUCCGAGCACCGCUGGAUCCUGGGAUGGCACCACAACCUCAGUGUAUGAUGGUGAUGGUUAUGGUUAUGGUGAUGGUGAUGAUGAGAUUGAUGAUAAUUUGGAUUUUCCUGGCCGCCAAGGGUGUGGAAUUCCUUGCUAUUGGUCAAAGAGGACACCGAAACAUAGAGGGAUGUGUGGAAGUUGUUAUUCUCCUUCACUGUCGGACACUUUAAAGAGGAAAGGAAGUAGCAUACUCUGUGGAGGUCAAACUAUUUAUCCAAGACACCGGAGAUCCUCUUCGGCCUCCCUCAAACGGAGAAUUCCUUCGAGGAGUGCUCGAGGUGUUAUUCCACUGCUCACUAACAGUGGUGAUGUUAGAGAAGGUUCAUCUAUAGGAACUGGUAGGAGUGAUGAUGAACUUUCUACAAACUUCGGGGAGCUUGAUCUUGAGGGCUUGAGCAGAUUGGAUGGAAGAAGGUGGUCAUCAAGUUGUAGGAGUCAGGAGGGAUUGGAGAUUGUAGCUCUCAAUGGAGAAGGGGAGGAUGAAGGCACACCAGAAAAUAGGAGUUUCAGCCAGAAGUAUAAGCCCAUGUUCUUUGGAGAACUGAUUGGGCAGAAUAUUGUGGUUCAGUCACUUAUCAAUGCAGUUUCGAGGGGCCGAAUUGCUCCUGUCUAUCUUUUUCUAGGUCCCCGUGGGACUGGUAAAACAUCAGCAGCUAGGAUAUUUGCUGCUGCCUUGAAUUGUGCUGCUCCUGAUGAGAGUAAUAAGCCUUGUGGUUACUGCAGGGACUGUGCUGAUUUCAUUUCUGGCAAGAGCAGUGAUCUACUGGAGAUUGAUGGAACCAAUAAGAAAGGAAUUGAUAAAGCUAGGUAUCUACUAAAAAGAUUGUCAAUUGGGUCAUCAUCGGCCUCUUCACGAUAUACAGUUUUUGUUAUUGAUGAGUGUCACUUGUUACCCUCCAAGACAUGGCUGGGAUUUCUCAAGUUUCUGGAAGAACCGCCUCAACGAGUUGUAUUCAUAUUUAUAACCUCUGAUCUCGACAAUGUGCCACGAACAAUACAAUCUCGAAGCCAGAAGUACCUUUUUAAUAAAAUUAAAGAUGGGGAUAUUGUGACCAGGUUGAGGAAAAUAUCUACUCAGGAGAACCUCGAUGUUGAAACAAAUGCACUGGACCUCAUUGCUAUGAAUGCAGAUGGUUCCCUUCGAGAUGCAGAAACAAUGUUAGAACAGCUUAGUUUGCUUGGAAAAAGAAUUACUACUUCUCUUGUCAAUGAACUUGUGGGAGUUGUUUCAGAUGAAAAAUUAUUGGAACUUUUGGAGUUGGCAAUGUCAUCAGACACUGCAGAGACGGUGAAAAGAGCCAGAGAAUUGAUGGACUCUGGAGUUGAUCCAAUGGUUUUGAUGUCUCAACUAGCUGGCCUUAUUAUGGACAUCAUUGCUGGAUCAUAUACGGUCGUUGAUGCCAAACCAGAUGAUUCAUUCUUUGGUGGACGAAGUUUGAAUGAAUCAGAGUUGGAGAGGUUAAAAAAUUCUUUGAAGCUUCUCUCCGAGGCUGAGAAACAGUUAAGGACUUCCAGUGAACGCUCAACAUGGUUCACAGCAACUCUGUUACAGCUUGGUUCUAUGCCUUCUCCAGAUCUUACUCAGUCUGGCAGCAGCAGGAGGCAGAGCUGCAAGACAACUGAAGAUGAUCCAUCAAGUUCUUCAAGAGACAUUACUACUUGCAAACACAAGUCAGACCUUCAAUAUAUGCCUCGAAGAUCAACAUCCCCUGCAUCCCAGCAAAAAGCAGUAAAUGGCAAUUCCAGCCAUCAAAAGGAUAUAUCCUCAAAGAUUGAUGGUUUCAGCUUGAAAUCAAAGCCGCCAAAUAGCCCGAUCAUUGAUGAUGGCUCCACACUGGUCUCAUCUGAUGAUCUUAUGGUGGGGAAUAGGAUGUUUAGAUGCAUAGAUUCAGGGAAGUUGUGUGAAAUCUGGGCGUGUUGUAUGGGGAGGUGUCACUCUAAGACUUUGAGGCAGCUUCUACACAAUCAUGGAAAACUUGUGUCCAUAUGUGAAGUUGAAGGUGUUCUGGUAGCAUAUGUUGCAUUUGGGGAUGUAGAUAUUAAACUUAGGGCUGAGAGGUUUUUGAAAAGCAUUACAAAUUCCAUGGAAAUGGUUCUUAGUCGCCAUGUGGAGGUCAGAAUUGUCCACUUGCCUGAUGCUGAAGUGGUAAAUGAGAAGGAACAAAGAAAUAUUCUGGCUGAAGGAGAUGGUGUGAGGGAGAGGAGACAGGAUAAUCCAAUGCAGAGGAUUGAAUCCAUCAUUCGCGAGCAGCGGCUGGAAACUGCCUGGUUACAGGCUGUAGAAAAGGGUUCCCCUGGAUCAUUGAGUCGUUUGAGACCCGAGAAGAAUCAGGUCCUGCCCCAGGAUGGAAUCGAUGGUGUAGACCCACUGGAGUCCAAGGAUUCAACUAAUUUUGCCUCUCAUCUGCAUUGGGAAGAUGACCUGAAUAAUGAAGUUAAAAUUUUGAGUGCUAAAAAUGGAAGGAAUGUGCAGAUGGAUCCGAUUGGUAAAAGGGCAGAUCGUUAUCCCAUGUCCCCAAGUUUGUUACACGACAGCAGUUUAGCAACAAUCUCUGGAAAAGACAAUCUGGGAUAUGAAUCAGCCCCCGGAGCCGGAUGUUGUGGAUUUUUAUGUUGGAAUAACUCCAAGCCUAGAAGUGUAGUUACUGUCAAAGGUACCCCCGUAGGAGCGCGCAAAGUUGGGCGUUUUGCAUUGUUUGGUGAGUGUGGUAAGCCAAAGAGAAAGGAACGGAGAAGAUAA